CCCUUAAUAAUCUUUUCUGCAAAUUUCAAGAUCAGGAAGAUGUUCCUAAAUGGCUUGCAGACAGUCAUGCUGGAUGGCUACCUAUCCUAGGUAUGGCCUGCUCCAUUAAUAAGGUAAGAAGUGUAUUUGAGUUAAACCACACUCAAAUGUUCUUGGGAGAGCUGAUAUUUUUUGAUAAGUUACUGUAUAAAAGAAAAGAAAGGCAUAUUUUAAUAUAGAUUUUUUUUAAGCAAAACAAAAAACUCAAUUUCAUAUUCCUUUUCUUUACAUAGUAAUUUAUUCUCUAUACAUGCAUGCAUCCAUACAUCCAUCCAUACAUACAUGUGUAUGUUCAUACACACAAAUUUAUUUCAGAUAACUCUUAUUUGUUUGAGGUUCACAAAGAGCCACCUUGCAGCAAAAGGCUGGCUAAAUUAAACCCUCACUGAAAAGUGUGAGGGUUGGAUGGUUUUUGGUCUUCUUUCUCUGCCACUUUUCCCCUUUUGAUCUCCCACUUGCCUUCCUGGGAGAUAUUUGCUUUAAAAAGUGGGAAAAUGAAAAGCUUUGGGCAGCUAAACGUUUCCUCUCCUGCUGCAAAGGGUUUGUAGAAUAUGUGACCUUGAGUAAGCAUUGCUGCAGCUCUUUAAAGGACAUCUAAACAUCUUCUGGAGCUUUUCCAAACCAAGCCUCUCACUUACCUUGGUACUCUCCUCCUCCUCCCCCCCCUCCCUUUUGCCUGCUGCUUCUCUCUCUAAAACCUUACAGGCAAAUCCAUGCCAUUAAUAUUUCAGCAUCUGUGUCUCGCAGGCAUUGGCUGUCCUCUGGUGUGUUGCCUCAAUAAGAGAGCCAGGAAGGACGAGCCACUCACCCAGCCCUGCAUCUGGCAACUGGCAGAGAAGGAAGAGCAGGAGUGUCUCCAGGAGAAGAGGCUGCAGAGAAGCAGGCAGAAAACUCCCAUCAUCAGCAACGCUAUUACCAAGGCCAGCCAGCCAGCCAGGACACCAUGGAUGUCUUUAAAAAGGGCUUCUCCAUUGCAAAGGAGGGAGUGGUGGCCGCAGCUGAGAAGACCAAGCAGGGAGUCACCGAAGCAGCUGAGAAGACGAAAGAAGGGGUGAUGUACGUAGGCACAAAAACCAAAGAAGGAAUGGUGCAAAGUGUCACUUCUGUUGCUGAGAAGACCAAAGAACAGGCCAAUCUCGUGGGAGACAGUGUGGUGGCCAGCGUGAACACAGUGGCAAAGCAAACAGUGGAAGGAGCAGAGACGGUUGUAACCACCAGUGGUCUGGUCAGCAAGGAGGAACUUCAUCCAGAUCAACACGAAGACCAGCCUGCUGGGGUUGGAGAAGACAUCCCGGUGGAAGCCACAGAGAUUGAAGGAAAUUAACCUUCUCCAGAACUUCUACUACAUUGUGAAAAGCGAGAGGACCAGGAAUAAUGCAGGCCUAUUAAAGGAUGCAAACAGCAGGGAAAUCUCCUAUUCUUAAGCUAACUUCAUGCAGCACGACAAAUGCUCACCUAUCUUAAGUCUCACCUAUCCUAGCUGGGUGGCAAAACUCUCGAUUGUACGAUUGUACGUUUUAGGGCAAUUCUGUGUGUCUCCCUUUGUGUCUCUUUUGUGGCUUCCUUCUUUGCCCAUCUUUGAGCCUUCCAAAGUGUGGUUUCAGAGCCAUUUCAUACCCUUGUGGUUGUAAUCACUGAUUCAUGUCUUUCGGCUCAUUAGCAGCAGCACUUGAUUUCUCUAAGAAAGGGUGGACAUGUUUUUUUUUUUUUAAGAGACAAAAUAAAAUCUUGUUUCAG